AUGACAAACAUGAAAAUGUGGCCCAAGAGCACAAUACCAUCCAUUGAGCCACCUGAAAUCACUCAUAUGCCAGGAAGACCAAGGAAAAAAAGGUCAAAAGAUAGUGAUGAACCUAGUAAGAAGAAGUUUGGAAAGGCUACAAGGAAGUGGAGAAAAACGAAAUGUUCUUUGUGCAGAAAUUUUGGACAUAACAAGAAAGAAUGUCCAAUUGCUAAAAAUGGCUAUACUACUGGAAUUGCAAGAACUGCUACAGGUGGAAGUGGUGCUGCAACUACUUCAGUAGCUUCUACAGGUGUAACUGGUAGAGCUACUAGUGAAAGUGGUGCAACUACUGGUGGAAAUGGUGGUGCAACUAUUUCAGCAGCUUCUACAGGUGUAACUACUAGUGGAAAUGGUGGUGCAACUACUAACAGACCAGCCACUACUUUAGCAACUUCUGGAGGUGCAACUAGUGCUGCAACAACUACUGGUGGACGUGCUGCAAAUAUUUCUGUAAAUUUUGCAAGUGUUGCUCAACAAACAAGUCAAUUUAGUACUCAACAAUCAACUACUAGUGCUAGUGGCUCAAAGAAGAGUAGCAAAGUUAAAAAAGAAAAGCCAAGAACAACUGGUUUUGGUGUGCUAUUUGGAGCAAAUGGUAGUGUGAUUGAGAGGUUUGGAACUACUGAUAGAGUGUUACAUUGUGCACCAUUGAAGAGUUCAGUGCCUACCAAUAUCGAUCUUGGUUACAAACCCAAUGGACUAAGGUGGAAGGGUGGAGCUGCAGUUACUCAAAGACAGCUACAAGAACAAAGUUACAAGCGAGCCACUCAGUCUACACCAAGCACUCAAGACACAUAA